AUGAAAGAGUUGUUUUUCCAGUGCGAGCUAUUUAAGCAUAAUAAAAACUUUGAAGGUAUCAUUGAAAUAGCAUCUAAAAUAUUAGACUCGGCAUUAUUAGAAGCACUUAAUGCAGAGGUAAUUCAAAGAGACUACUCUAAAGUAAUAAAUGCAGUUAUUUUUGUAACCCAAAGAAUGCCUGGUACAAGGUACCAAAACACUGCAUUUUCAGAAGCGUAUUGUAUACUAGGGAAGAUAUUCGAAACAGGAAUUCUAACCAAGCAGAAUAUUAAAAAGGCCCAUGAGUACUACACUGUGGCCGCUGAUCAUUCAAAUCCAUUUGGGUGCUACAGACUAGCGCAUUUUUACGAAUUUGGAAUAGGCUGCACACGAAACAUGCACAAAGCAGCACACUUCUAUAAACUAUCUGCAAAUGGUGGGUGUUGCAGAGGAAUGCACCGGUACGGACUUCUUCUUCUGGAAGGAAGGGGUGGGUGUAAAAGAGAUGUAAAAGGAGCUGUUUUUUAUUUAGAGCAGAGUAGAAAGCUUGCAUCCACGAAUUAUCCCCAUAUGUUCUAUGAUUUGGGCAUAUGCUAUGAGAAAAUUGCAAAGAUAUCUAAAGACAUCAUAGAAGACACGGAAUACGCGCAUUCAAUAUACUUAGAAGGCGAUUCUUUUGGGUGCCCUCGGUCAAGUGUAAGGCUUGGCCAUGCAUAUAACUACGGAGAACUUGGAUUAUCACAGGACAGCAAAAAAGCUGUUUAUUAUUACAUGAGAGCUGAGUCCAUGAGUGGAGAUGCACGGUUUGAGCUAUAUAAAAUAUAUCAGGCACAAAAUAACCAGCAAGAGGCAAUGAAAUGGCUGAGAAUGUCAGCCAUCUUGGGGCAUGUGCAGGGAUUAAAACUAUACGCAGACUCACUCUGCCAAGAGAAUGAAGAGUCUAGUAAUAAAAUAGAGGCACACUGGUGGUAUAUAAUAGCAAAAACAAAAGGUGCUAAAGUAGACAGAGAAAUACAAAGGUGUAAAUACUAGCACGCCCAUUAAAAAUGCUGUAUAAUACAGUAUCUAAGCUAGUACAGUAUUUUUCAUAUUAUGGCCGUCUGUGAUUAGCACAGCACCUAUUUUGACUAUUCCGUAUACUUAAGACUACAACAGGUAUAUAUUUUAGUAAUUUAC